AUUUAAAAAAUUUGGGUGAUUGGCGUAAGCGCGCUUUCGAGAAGUACAUUUUCCCCCCUCUUUCUCCAAAAUAUCCGCAACCCUCACUUUCGUUACGCGCGCCAACUCAGAAAGAACCAAAUAACGACUUUGUAACAUCCACAAUUCUCCCUCUCAACGCCGCCGUUUCCAAAGACCUGGCCUCAAUCCGAAGCAUUCAAUCGGCAUCGGAAUGGACGGAAUUCCGGCCUCCGAGCCUUUACCAACCGCCAUCGACGAAGCCGAGAAAACGUUGGCUCUGAAGAAGGCUUACGCGGACAUGAUACUCAAUACGGCCAAGGAGGCUGCGGCUCGUGUGUUGGUGGCGGAGCAGAAGGCCAAGAAGUAUAAGAAAGAGUUGGAAUUCACGAAACAGGAGGCAGUUCGGAUGUUAAUUCGCAUGAAACAGACGAUGGAAACUGAGGUUCUUUUUCUAAGACUUCCUUUAAAAAGUUCGGAUUUUGCUCUCUUUUGCUGGUAUUAAUUACUGUUAUUAUGUUUCUGAGAAAGGGGUUUUCUUUCUGUUGAUACUUUACCAUUUCAAAUCGUCGUUUUUUAGGGUUUUGGUAUCAUUAACUGCUUUAAUCGAUUUCAUAUGGCAGUUGGAAAGAGUCAAUUUGAACUAGUGACGGAAAAAGUUCCAUACUUCCAUUACAUUUGUUCAAAUAUGUGCAAUUGUUUGCCUAUUUGAGUAUAUAACUUCUGUGUCAUUUUGUCUGUAAUCUCAUGUGAAUUGAAUUGCAUUGGGAUUACUUUUCUUUGUAAAAUCAUCAUGUGUUUUCCUAAAGCAAUCAACUUGUCUGUCCAAUUCUUUUAAUCUGGAUUGGAUUGAGAAUAAUCCCCUGGCUCUUGGCUUUGAUAAAAGGGCCAUCUUUAACCUUCCACUCAAAGGUAGACGUGUUUCUUUUGGUUUCUGUAGUUGAGCUUUGUGAGAAGACAAAUAAAAUUCAUGAAGUCAGGGAUUUUAUUUGCUUUUUAUGGAUGGAAAAAGGACACCUCAUCUUGAGGCGUUUCUAGUCAGGUUAUGUUGUUGCACUUGUAAGUUUUUUGAUUUUGAAAUGAUGAGUUGACGCUAGUUCACAUCAACUGUUCCUGGAAUUGAAUGGCUGCUUCGAUAUUUUUUGGGUAGCAUUCAUUAAGUCAACCAAGUGAAAUUUAUCUUGCUUUUGUAGAAUGCUGAGGCUGGGGUUAAAUCAAUGAAUCAACAGAAGAAGAUUAAGGAGCUUGAGUUACAGCUAGAUGAAGCUGAAGAGAUGAUAUUAGACCUCAGGGCAAAACUAACCAAGUUUCAGGAACAGUCAGAUGAUGCAAAGUUUCAGGAACAGGCUGUACAUUCCUCAAGGGAAAAAGAAAGUGCUAACCAGCCUUGCUGUCACUCAUCAUUGUCAGAUGUAGAAUUCAACUCUAGAUGCUUGGACCAUCACUCAAUUGUUCAUCAGUUUCCUGGACCAUCAGCAGAACACUUGACAUCAAAUUCUGAUUUUGAUCGUUGCCUUGUGGACAACCCUGUCUUUGACUCUAUUUAUUUCAGAAAAGGAGGACCUGGAUCAUGUAACAGCGAAUGCAUCCGAAAAAUCAGGGCCAUAGAAAAAGACCUGAUAGAUGGAAGAAUGCCCUUGGCAGUCAACCUGGAUGAAUACAAAUCACUUGUUCUGAAGAAUGAAGAAUUGGGCGUAAAUUACAGUAUUCCUUCCACAUCUCGUAAAUUAGGUUCAGUUGACAAUGUUGCAAUUGAGAAGCCAUCUCUAAUUGACAGUGCCACAAAGGAUUGGUCUCAGAAGAUUCAGAUAUUGCGCAGAAGGAGAACUCGACAAGUCAAAUGCAGAGCCAAUGCCAGAGGAUGCAGAUACAUUUCUGGCCGCUUUGUGAAGUCACAGAGAACAUUUUCUACGAUUUCCCGCUGCAACGCUUAUCUUCCCUCUAGUAUGAUUGUGGAUAGGUCUGGUAAUCUCUCCAAGAGGAAUGGUAGAAAUCAAGCUGAAAAAGUUUUUGAAAAAAAAAGAAAGGAUGCUGUUCUUUCCUCCCAUUUUAAAGAGGACCUUUCUCAUGGUAAAUAUGAACCUGUUUCUGUUGCCCGUAGAAGUACAAGAAAAAGAAAAGUUAAGCAAUGGGAUGGUUUUUCUACCUUAUGCAGACGCAAAGGAGCUAAUCCUCAAGAAAAUGAAGGAUCUUGUAAAAAGAGAAAAGAAGCCCAUUGUACUGCUGAAUGUGCUGAGCAUCUGUCAGAAGGAAAGUAUGAAGAUCAUAAAUGUGGCACCCAACGUACAAAUAAUCGCAAGUGCAUGGAAGCUUCUGGAGAUUCUAGCAAUGCUAAGGUUUCAGAAAAUGGUUCAACAUUGAUAGAUGUGCCCAUGCAGGUAACACCCAUGACAACGGAGUUGGAUAAUGUCUCAUUGACUCCCACUGACAAGAAGAGCAACAGAAUGUCGAGAUUGACCGACAUGGCAGAUAGUGAACACCGAAGCAGCAAGUCUAAUGCAGACACAUUCAGCAGGAAAGCCAGGAAACGGCAGAAUGGGUUGCUGAUGAACAAUGGCUCUGGAAAGCACACGGAGCUUGAUUUAAUACCACAAGCUAGUGCCGUGAAUGAAUCACUGGAUGACAGCAGAGGACUGGUUCAAAUUGCUCAUCAGCUUAUUUCCUUGUCAGCAACGGGUUGGUAGUAGCAAGGAUCGCUGCCAUCGUCUUGGAGAUGCUCUCAUCUGGUAUAUUUGCAAGUCUGAUUGGAUUAACAAACAGCGCGAUAAAGCUUCUGAUUUACUGAUUAUCUGUAGAGAAUAUUUAUAGGCUGCCCUAGUAACCGCUUCCAUAUCGACACUAGCUUUCCCUUUGGCUUUAGUCCUUAGGAUUGUACAGUUCUACUAUCUUUUUUUAUAUUUCAUCUGAAUGCCUUUGGAGUUGAUCAUCAUUCAUUAAGCGUCUUUUCGCAUUUUGCUUCAAAGUGAGAUGAGUUACAGUAUAACUGCAGCUUAAUGAGUCUACAAAGAACACGGGGGACAAAACACCUCUCAAGUAUAUGUACCCACGGCCAGAAGGAAUCCAAUGUUAACUUGUUUACUCAACAAGAUAGUUCACUUUACCGUAUUAUUUUUGGGACGGAAGGGGU